AUGUCUUUUUUGGUCAAACGUCUUUCCGACAAGGCUACCAUACCUACCAGAGGCUCGGAGCAUGCUGCUGGUUAUGAUUUGUAUGCAGCACGCGAAACAAUUAUUCCCAAACACGGAAAAGGACUCGUAGAGACAGAUUUGAUCAUUGCUGUGCCCGAAAACACGUACGGAAGAAUUGCUCCUCGCAGCGGCCUCGCGUUUAAGCACUUUAUCGAUACUGGUGCCGGUGUCGUGGAUAGCGACUACCGUGGACAUCUCCGUGUCUUGCUGUUCAACCAUAGUGAUGAAGACUAUGUUGUUUCUCCGGGAGACCGAGUCGCACAGCUCGUUCUCGAGCGCAUUAUGACGCCUCCUGUGGUCGAGGUCAGCGAUAUUGAAGACACUGUCCGUGGUGCCGGUGGUUUUGGCAGCACUGGAAAGUAA